AUGCCAUACCAUCCUCAUAACCCGUACUCGCGCCCUACUGAACAUCACUCCAACGUGGCUCACCAUCAUCACGACGACCGCCGCCACUAUGAGCCUGAGCCGCAGUACCAUCCCCCCUCAAUGCAGGACCACCGACAGCCCCCUCCCUCGCCGGCGCAUCCGUCGCCGUAUGGUCAGCACCACCAGGAGCCUAUCGUGAAGAGGGAUCCGGGAGAAGAGACUCCUCUAGGACAGAUGCGCCGACCCAACUCGACCGGCAACGUUCCUGACGGCCUGCCCCCGACACCGCAUGGCCCACCGCAUCCCAGCCAGCAUUCCGAAGAGCAGCGACGACAGAUGAGCUUUGACAACGGAUCAAUGCCUCCCCAUUCGCCUGCGACGUACCGGCCUCCCACCACGGGCUUUCACCCUCCCCCGAAUCCAAUCGCUCAGUCUCAGUAUCAGCCGCCCGCUCAUAACUACGGCCCUCCGCAAGGCCCCGGCCCGGACAUGUACCCUCCCUUCACGGUAGCUCAGACCAAACGAAAGGCGCAACGCGCCUCACAGGCUUGCGAAAACUGUCGACAACUCAAGGCCAAAUGUGAUGAGCAAAAACCCUGCAAGAACUGCAAGGAAAAGAAAAUAGAAUGUCAAUAUCGCGACGUUCCUGCGAAACAGUCCGAUAAAGUCAGCUCGGAUAUCCUAGAGGCUAUCGCCGCUAUUCAAGAUAAUCUCACAAAUCAGUUUUUGAGAAUAGACGAACGGAUGGGUAGGAUGGAAAGUGCCAUAUCACACUUGCAACCGCCGAAAAGGGAGUCCAUCGAGGACCACCUGGGGAUUCCAUAUCAGCCUCCAACCGAUAUGAAGCCACCUUUACCUAGUGAUGAUGAUGACGACCAACAAUCCAUAGACGCCAUGGACAGAGACCCGGACCCGGACCCAACCCCCAAGCCUGACGUCUCCGAGGCUCAAAAACGACUAGACAAGGUCGACGAAGGCGAAAUGGAAGCCGAACCAGGACCACCCGUUGACCCUGGCAAACCAUCCAUGCCAGCCAACCAUACAACUCUGGCAGCAUUGCUCCUCAAAUGGACGUCCGUCCGUGAGCUCGUGGAUAGUCUCCCAGAGGAUAUCCAAGAGAAAAUCAAAAACUUCGAGGGCUACCACCUACACCAGGAACGAAAACGUGGAUCGUUGCGCGUCUUUGGAAGAGGAGAGGGCUUUGAUCGAGAAACACGGUCGUCGCACGUAGGAACCAUGAUGGACCAGGCCAUGCCCGAGUUCUUCGAGGACAAUGUAUCCGAGACCGCGUCCCCUUCGCCCUCUACGUACGACUCCCACGGACAGGUCGGCGGUUUCACGCCCCCUAGCGGAGGUGAGUACAAAGGCGGCGUUCUCAAGACGGAUGGGACAGCGGAUUUCGACUCGAGUAAAGUCGCCGAGUAUGUGCAGAGCUUCAAGGACAAUAUCCUGAAUAUGCACCCGAUUUUGAACCCACAACACUUGGAUGACUUGGUCAAGACAUUCCUCGAUACUCUGCCUCGAUCAUCUUCCAAGGCCAAACCAAAAGACCCGGUCGCUAGGUUCGUUAAUUCAAACAAUGCGACGAGUGCGUCUCCUUCAAUGCCGGACACGGGUACAAAGCGGAAGCGGUCGCCGGCUGUGGAGGAACAGAGUCAUCAUUCAUCGGGAUUCACUAAGCCGGGACGACCGUACCGAAAUGUUCAUAGCGCCCUCGUGUUGGUUGUUCUCGCCCUGGGCAAGAUAUGCCUCCACAAGGAAAUGAUUCCUGAUGUUGUCCGCGGGCAUCAAGAAAAGCACGCAGAAAAGCAUCAGGACAAUCUGAGUACUCCGAGCUACAGCUCUCCUUCGAUUCGAAAUGGAGUUCCCGUAUCUCCGCUCCAAGGUUCUUCGCCAGGCUUCGCUUCCCAAUCUCAAACAUCGGGUCUUCCGUCUCCCAAGGACAACGAACGGGUUCUCGCAAGUAGACGAUCCUCCCUCCAGGGUUCCGCUACUGCGCCGAAGAGCGGACAAUCAAUGAAACGCAAUAUUGAAGUCAUACCAGGGCUCGAGUAUUUCGCUUUAUCCACGGAUAUCAUUGGGGGUCUCACUGGAAGUCCCCAACUAAAGCUCGUGUGGUACUAUAUCUUCGCCGGGCUUUACCAUGGGCAACUCGGCCGUGUUGUGGAAAGCUGGUCGUUCAUUGCGCUAGCAAGCCGUGACCUUCAGGUCAUCAUGCAGCCGAGCCUGUUCCGACUUGCAACGAUAAAAGACAAGGCACUGCAAAUAGAGGACAGACGGGACCAUAUGCUUGCUUUUGCGUUUUGGACCUGUUUGCAACUCGAAAGCGACAUCUUAGCUGAAUUGCAGUUCCCACAAUCAAACAUCCUGUCGUGGGAAGAAAUCAUGCCGUAUCCCAAUAUGGGCAUUGCCAUGAGCGACGGGCACCCUCAGCACGUCGUGGGCAAUUACUCGGCACAGUUGUAUCUUCGGAAGCAACUGAACACCAUACAUAAUAGCUUGUACAACCCAAAUCCUCGGGAGUCCGAGGAAAAUCCACACGAGCGAGAUCCAAACAACCAGACGAUAGAGGGCAAGAUGCUCAAGAUCCAGAGCAUGCUAAAAGAUGCGAGGAGUGAACGUCCUGGAGGAGCUGGUGGGUCACAUUUGGUUCCCAUGUGGGUCCCCCCAGGCUUCGAAUUCUCCGACAACGAUCCACCAGCGACGGAUAUCCUUGCCGCACGACUACGCGCCAAGUAUUGGGGCUCUCAGGUCAUUCUCUACCGGCCCUUCAUCAAGGUGAUUCUUGAGUCGGAAAAUGUCCCGCACGACAUGCUGCUUCCAAAUGCUUCGUACAACCACUCGGCUCCCGUACACCCCGAUAUUGCGCGUAUGGCCAAUCUUGAUCCCAGAAUCAUACACUACGCUCGCUUGGGCGUUGAGGCGCUCAAGGAAAGCACCCGCGCCUUUCAUGGGAUGGAUCCCAGACAGCGUCUUAUCAUAACCAAUAUUUUUGGAACUGCUCAUGCCCAAUGGGGAAACCUCAUUGUCCUGGCUGCCUGCUACAAUAAUCAAGUUCUUUCCAACUUCAUUGACAAGCAUACGCUGCAAGAUCUGUUUCAACGAACCAUCGAUUUCAUCCGAACCAGCGUCCCCGAGACCAGCUCGAGUUCACUCAACACGGACCUGAAGAUCUUGGAAUGCCUCUCGCUCAAACUUGGCUUCUCCACCAGUCACGACAUGCACUCGAGCUUUUCGAGCCACAUGAACGUCGACCCUCCUCUGCAUGUGGGACACCGCAACCACUACUCACCAGCAACGCCUGCCAACCCCAUGCCUCCACCGCACUACAGGCCUCCUUGA